AUGGGUCGCGUCAUCCGCAACCAGCGUAAGGGCCGUGGCAGCAUCUUCACUGCCAACACCCGCCUGCGGAAGGCCCCAGCGAAGUUCCGCACCCUCGACUAUGCCGAGCGCCAUGGCUACAUCCGGGGUAUUGUGAAGGAAAUCAUCCACGAUCCCGGCCGCGGUGCUCCCCUCGCCCGUGUCGUUUUCAACUCGCCCUACAAGUUCAAGAAGGUCACCGAGACUUUCAUUGCCAAUGAGGGCAUGUACACCGGCCAAUUCAUCUACGCCGGCAAGAAGGCCGCCCUGACCGUCGGCAACGUUCUUCCCCUGGCCUCCGUCCCCGAAGGUACCGUCGUUUCAAACGUCGAGGAGAAGGCUGGUGACCGCGGUGCUCUUGGCCGCACCUCCGGCAACUACGUCACCGUUGUCGGCCACAACCCCGACGAGGGCAAGACCCGCAUCAAGCUCCCUUCAGGCGCCAAGAAGGUCGUCAGCAGCAGCGCCCGCGGCAUGAUUGGUAUUGUUGCUGGUGGCGGUAGAACAGACAAGCCCCUCCUGAAGGCCUCUCGCGCCAAGCAUAAGUUCGCUGUCAAGCGGAACCGCUGGCCCAAGACUCGUGGUGUUGCCAUGAACCCCGUGGACCAUCCUCACGGUGGUGGUAACCAUCAACACAUUGGUAAGGCGUCGACAAUCUCGAGGUACGCUGCCCAGGGUCAGAAGGCGGGUCUUAUUGCUGCGAGGAGAACGGGUCUGCUGCGGGGUACCCAGAAGACGAAGGAGUAA